ACAAAAAUAAGAUUGAAGCAUGCAUAGCUGAGGCAACUAUCCUCCGGGAGAUGGCAGACGCCACGACAACGUACUAUGCGGAUGAUGUUCCCACUAUGCAUAACCCGAUAUCUCGGUACAAUAUCGACGAGCCCAAGCAUGACCCCAAGCUCCUCCUCUUCAAAUGUCACGGUGGCAAGGCUGGUGCCUCUAAAAAGGGCAUCUUGACAAAGGAAGAGAAAGAUUGCAUAAUGUUUUAUGUGGUUACGAACAUGCAAGAAGUGCUCAAAUUCAUAAGCCAAUACAAGGAUGAAUAUUGGACGAGAUCGACGGAUCCCUCUGAUGCGGAGAUGGAGAUUCUUUUGAAAGAGAGUCGUCCCGGAAAGAAAAAAUUCCUGGAUUGGUUCUACGAAAAAGGAGGUGAUCCCAACGUUGAGAUGACGGAUGAGCUGAGAUGUGUUUCCCAGGGUUGCAACCGUAGAAUCUCAAUGUAUGAGAAGUACGAUGUGAAUGGGUAUCGCUUCCAUACAGAGUAUCACCAGAAGAAUCGGCCUAACCCAAAAACUAUAAAUACUGGGGUCUUCACCAAAGGAUCCGAUGACAUAGAAUACUACGGAAGGUUAGAGAAUGUAUACGAGCUAACAUUCAAUAGGACAAACAUACAACUCAAUCUCGUUGUGUUCAAAUGCCACUGGUUCGACCCACAAGACUUCAACCUGCUAUAG